GGCCUCAGCAGGCCGGGCCAGCGCCAGUCUCGCCUGUAUGACGCCACCACACACUCACACAGCUGAUCUCGGGCGCUACUGCAGCUUCUGUUGUUUGGGACACGCAGUGGAGCGAGGGGGACCCUAGUGUGACCACACGGGACAAAUGCAGGACGAAAGGAGGAGAAAGAAGACACAAGGAAGUGAAGAGUGGAGGAUUUAAGCUAAGUUGUAGGACAGGGAUUGAGACGUAUGAGCUUGAAACUGGGAUUGAAGAGGAUUGGAGCUCGGAUGAAGAAUGAGCAACUGGAGGUCAACGGCAGAGACUUUUCGAGAAAACUGAAUCGUUUUGGACAAAGUUGAUAAAGAAGUCCAGGUUCAGUCUGGUUUUACCUGGAAGUCUCCUUUUUGCAGCUAACUGGACUGCGACCCGACUACUGCGCGUCCGAAGCUACCCCAUACGUUUGUUUUGCACAGCUGUCAAGAGUUGAAAUGAUCCACAACACCCUGAAGUGCCCGCAGUCACCUGAACGCAACCACAGGAGGACCAACUCAGCUGCACAGAGAAAGCUGUGGCGAUACUCGGGUUACGGAGGAGCAAGUCAGGUGGAAAGUCAUCGCCGUAGCGUGUGCGUGCUAGCUGCAGACCUGAACGCUGGCGAGGGUGGAGGAAGAGAAGGAGGAGGUGGUGGUGUGAUGCAUACCAUCCACGGUCUGUGUCACCUUUGCAUUGGAUGCAGGCUGCCUCAGGUUACUAUCCUUCGAGGAAAGGAUGGAUAUGGAUUCACCAUCUGCUCUGACUCCCCUGUGAGGGUGCAGGCUGUUGAUCCAGGGGGUCCAGCAGACCAGGCGGGUCUGCAGCAGCUGGACACUCUCCUGCAGUUGAAUGGUCAGCCAGUGGAGCAGUGGAAGUGUGUGGACCUGGCCCAUGCUAUAAGGAACAGUGCCAGUGAAAUCACAGUAGUGGUGUGGCGCACCGGCCCCUCAGCUAAACCUAACUUUGAAGGCCUUAUCCACCGGCCCUCAUACAAACCCCCUGGAGCAAACUAUGAUGCACCGUCCCCCCCGACCCGCAGGCGAGCACCAGAUGCUGGCACGAGUAAAUCCCCCCCAGCCGUGCCGCCGCUCCCGGCACACCACCGCGCCACUGCGGCCCGCAGGCUUCUGGUGAAUGGUUCUGAAACUGGAAACAACGUAGGGAGAGGGACCCUGGCAUGGGGGGCACAUGUUGGGUCAACCGAGGAGCUGGAUGGAAGGCCGCGUCUCCUCCACCACCCUCCAACUGCCACGUUGAAAGGAACCAGAGUGAAGGCAUCCAAUGGGGACAAUUACAUCAUCCUGGCACCCAUCAACCCUGGAAGCCAGAUCCUGAGGCCUGUUUAUCAGGACAACCAGGGUACAUUAGCUGCAGGUUACAGCAGGUUGUACCCAACGCAACAGACUUCUGGCCCGCCGUCUCAGAGCGGUGGCAGUGCUGGUGGUGGUGGUUCAUCUGGGGGUGUCAGUGGUGGUGGUGGUAGCAGUGGAGGCUUCUCCAGCCGUACAGGAUUCCUACGUCGAUCUAACAACUCUAAGACAUCUAAGGGGUCGUCCACUUCCGCCAAUGCUGGUGUACCCAACUACCAACAGCACAAUGCCAACUUUGCCAACUAUCAGAACUGCACCAUUGUCCGUUCACACACUCCACAUGCCAAUUAUGGAUAUGUCAAAGUUGCACCCAAGAUUCUCAUCUUCCCCAUAUUUGUUCAGCCUCUUGACCUGUGCAGCCGAAAUCUUAUCAUAUCCGAGGAAAUGAUCCUGCACGAGAGCAAGCACCACUCUCUGAAGAUCACAGCGUUUGUCUACAACGACUUGAUGCUCAUUACCAGAGAAAACGAGCCAGGCAGGUGCAAUGUCCUCCAGAGCCCGCUGUACCUCCGACACCUGCGACUGCAGGACGAUUACACUCAUGAGCUGAGAUUCUACCUUAUCCACAUGACGGAGAAGUGUGACUGCCUGCUCAGCCUGGAAGCCCACUCGGUGGACCAGAAGCACCGUGUGUGUCAGUGCCUGAAGGACAACAUUGACAAGCAACUCCAGCUUCACCGGAGGGAAGCUACCGUUCCGCAUUUCGAACAGAUGUUGGAGCCUAAGGUGGAUGCCUCUUCCUGUGAACUGGGUGGAGUAGUAGGAGAUCGAGAAAGCGUAGGCCUCCACAUGCCCACAAACAGCACAGAGGGUGAGGAUAGCAGCCUCUAUCCCUCCAGCCCAUCAGAGCCACCAACACUAGGAAGUCCUCACCCCUCAGAGCCACUCACCCCCUUGGAGGAAGUGUACACCACCCUCGGAGGGCUGCUGGGAUCAGUGGAUCGACAUAAGGUGCCUCCCACACCUCCUCCUUCCACAGAAGGUGAGGACUCCAAGAGUAUAGAGGGGCAUGAGAUGGAUAUCUGGAAGGAGAGCAAGGAUGAAGAGGAAAGUAGGGAUGAUGAGGAGGAAGGGAGUAGCAGAAAGAGUGCAAGGAGUGAGCUGGGGGAUGAAGAUAGGAACGGAGAGGAGAUAAACCUAAAUCUGGUGGUGUCAAAUACUGAUGAAGACAACGUCUCCGAGCCUCCUGACACCAAUGCUCCUCCGUCCUCCUCCUCAUCUUCAUUUGUCAUCCCUGAGCUGCGACUCGAUCGCUCCUUCAGCGCUGACGCCCUCUCCUCACCUAACACUGAUGAGGAAGAGUAUGAUGAAGAUGAAGAAGAGGAGUCUGAGGAGGAGGAGGAUGAAGAUGAGGAUGACAGUGAUGAUGCGUACUUGCAGCGAAGUGACAGCAAACGCCGUAGCAUGGUGGAGGGCGCCACGUGUGAGAAACACGGAGGAGGAAGGCUCAGUGUGCAGAACUCCCUCCGCCGGCGUACGCACAGUGAGGGCAGCCUGCUGCAGGACCCCCGCAGCCCCUGCUUCACCUCCGACAACGCCAUCAACUGCCUGGAGUCUGGGGGGGCACACCACAAGGGUGGCUGGACUCUUCCAUCACCCAAAACACUGAAGAAGGAGCUGAUGAAGAACGGAGGCUCCAUGCAUCAGCUGUGUAUGCUUUUCUCUGGGAGGAAGCUGAGCGCCGGAUCGCCCUGCAGCUGCGAGGUCGGCCCUGACGGGACAAAGAAAAAGAAACCCAAGAACCUGGCCAAAGACAUGAAGAAUCGGUUGGCUUUCCUGCGGAGGAGGAAUGAGUCUCCAGGAAGUAACUCACCUGGCAAGUUGGACAAAUCUAUGAAGUCAGUCAAGCCCACCCCAGAGGAAGCACUGAAAUGGGGGGACUCACUUGACAAGCUGCUGACGCACAAAUAUGGUCUGGCAGCCUUCAGAGCCUUCUUGCGCACAGAGUUCAGCGAGGAGAAUCUGGAAUUCUGGCUAGCAUGCGAGGAGUACAGGAAGAUCAAGUCACAGUCAAAGAUGGCCUCCAAAGCAAAGAAAAUCUUUGCAGAAUACAUCGCUAUACAGUCGUGUAAAGAGGUGAACCUAGACUCCUACACUAGAGACCACACUAAGGACAACCUGCAGAAUGUGACGCGCUCCUGCUUUGACCUAGCGCAGCGGCGGAUAUACGGGCUGAUGGAGAAGGACUCAUACCCCCGCUUCUUGCGCUCAGAACUCUACUUGGACUUAAUCAACCAAAAAAAGGCUAGCGCCACGUCCACCUCACCUUCGUCAUAAGAGACGAGGAGAAAAGAACGAUGCAAGAAACUUCAGAGGCAGACUUGAAAACCCAGAGUGGGUGGGAUGCAAGCAUUGUGGUUUGCCUUUUACUUUUGUUUGUGUUUUUGUAUGUGUGCGUAUUUUGUUGUUCAUUAGAAUUAUUAUGUGAGAGGACACAGCAAAGCUAUGGCAAUGCAAAGGAAUGUAGUUUGCACACAUGCCAGGUGGCUGAAUGAAUGAAUGAAUGGAUAGAUGUUACUAAACUGCAGUAGGAGGUGAAUGCUUGUCUGAUCACUGUUUUUUGUUGUUCUAUGUUUGACUCAACUGUGGGGUUUGGGCUGUGGGUUGCACCCAAAACCCUGCAGACGUGAAAACAGUCCGGUACUGUUUUGUCACUUUUUUCCCCUCGUGUGAGACUUCUGACUCCCUCCUUCGCUCCACCACGUUCUCCUCUGUGAAAUGACUCUGGUACGACACAAAGGCCGCAUUUUCAUCCCUGUCUUUUCAUCAGGCAGGAGGCAAAAAAAUUAAAAAACAAACAAAAACAAGGUGUGUAAAUGGUAACAGUGACUCUGUCAAUCCUUCCAUCCACUCAAAGUUUCUGAAAACAACUUUCACCCUUUUCAAGACUGGAUAGUUUGAGGGGUGGUGGCAGCGGAGACGUCUGAUGGACCGGAGUUGUGCUGUCAUGCAAUUAUAUGUACCUCUCCCAUCCAAAGACAUUAAAAGGUCAAGUUUGGAGCCAGAGACAAAAAGACGACUUGCUUCCUGCCUCCGAAGACUGUUUACUUAAAGGAAUGGACAACCAGGAAGAAAACAGCAUCUCCUUUAACAUUGUAGCUCAUUCUGGACUAAUCAGGAAGCGUUCUCAGGACAUUUGUUGAACAGGCUGCAGCUUGGUUUAUCUUCUCCACAGUUUCUGGUUUUCUACACUUUUUUUUAAUGCAUUUUAGGGUUCCAACAUGCACUCCCUUAUUUUACUGGGCUACGCACAAAGGUUGUCCAAUUUGUAGUUAAAUGGCAAAUGUUUCAUGUACAAAUAUUUAUUUAGAGUAACUCACAGAAUGCUUCUAAAGAUGCCCUCACAGUCUCUAAAGCACUCACCUCCUGAAGCUUUUACUUCUAAACCACCAAACAGGUCCAAUGCUGUCCUGAUCUUUUAAGUGCAAUAUUUUUUAUUUUAUUAUCAUGUUUGGUUUGUUUGUUACUUUGGAAAACAUUUUUUAACGUGGAGAAUAGAACAGCUUGAGCUUUGCAUUAUCUUUAUUUGUUAAGAUAAAAACAAAAAUACUUCUAGAGCUAUAAGGUCGACUUACUACGUAAACGUUCAAGAAGCAUAAGUAGUUUAAUGGUUUUAAGCGAGUGACACUAACUGUGUGUUAACACCCUGGCAGCAGGCAGCUGGGAGAACAAUGGUUGUAAAUGUAAUUCUUUAAGAAAACUAUGUGAUAACACAAUAAAAAUAAACAAAAACAAGAAAUCAACAGGUCUCUGCUGUUCUGAAUGUGGGGCCUUCGUGUAUUUAUGUAAAUAUGAGAGAGACUCAAAAUAUAAGUUGACAUGUUUAAAAAAAUAAGAGCAAGUUCAAUCUACUUGUUUUCCCUGGUCAUACACUGCUUGUUAGGAGUUUCCUGAAUGCAUUUUAUCAUUUUCACUGUUUACAAUUUCAAAAUGCAUCUCCUAUGAUAGCAAGAGAAAACAGUAGAGUACAUUUGGUGUCAUUGCUAAUGAUAAAUAAACCAACCAGUUGAUAAAGGA